AUGUUCACAGCACCAUGGGUCUGGGGAACAGUGAUAAUGCUCUGUUGUGGGCUUUGGUUUCUUCUAGGGAGGAGGAGGAGGCGACGAGGUGAGCCACCACUUGAAAACGGGUUCCUCCCAUACCUGGGCUGCGCCUUGCAGUUCGGUGCCAACCCCCUUGAAUUCAUCAGAGAAAAGCAGAAGAAGCAUGGCCACAUUUUCACUUGCCGAGUAGCAGGGAAAUACAUUCAUUUCCUCACUGACCCUUUUUCAUACCAUGCAUUGAUACGCCAGGGAAAACACUUGGACUGGAAAAAGUUCCAUUUUGCUACGUCUGCCAAGGCUUUUGGGCAUGGUAGCAUUGACCCAGCGGAGGGAAACACCACUGAAAAUUUUCAUCAGACUUUCAUUAGAACCCUUCAAGGUAAUGCCCUAGAUGCCCUCAUUGAAGCAAUGAUGGAAAACCUACAAUACGUCAUGCUGCAGUCAAGAACAUCCAAACUUCGGUCCAAUGCCUGGGUGACAGAAGGACUUUAUACGUUCUGUUGCCAGGUGAUGUUCGAGUCUGGCUUUUUAACACUUUUUGGUAAAGAAUUUAAUUCAAAUCACGACAAAAAUCUAUCAUCAAAGCAGGAAACUGAAAGAGCUCAUAUCCUCAAUGCCCUCGAAAACUUCAAGGAGUUUGACAGGAUCUUUCCAGCCCUCGUGGCAGGGCUGCCUAUCCACCUCUUCAAGAGUGCCCACAGCGCACGUGAGAAGCUGGGAGAGGCACUCCUCCACAAGAACCUCCUGAAGAGGGACAACCUCUCUGAGCUUGUCACCCUCCGCAUGUUCCUGAAUGACACUCUGUCAACCUUCGAUGACAUGGAAAAAGCAAAGACCCACGUGGCAGUGCUCUGGGCCUCGCAAGCCAACACCAUUCCUGCCACGUUUUGGAGCUUGUUCUAUCUUCUUAAGAGUCCAGAAGCAAUGAGAGCUGCUAUCAAAGAAGUGCAAAGUACUUUGGAAAGUGCUGGAGAGAAGAUCAGCUUAGAUGGCAAACAUAUUUCCUUGAACCGAAAACAGCUGGAUAAUAUGCCAAUACUAGACAGCGUCAUCAAGGAGGCAAUGAGGCUAUCGAGUGCAUCCAUGACUUUCCGAGUUGCCAAGGAGGAUUUCACUUUGCAGUUAGAGAAUGAUUUUUACAACAUUCGCAGGGAUGAUAUUGUAGCUCUUUAUCCUCAACUGCUGCAUUUUGAUCCAGAAAUCUAUGCUGAUCCCUUGACAUUCAAAUAUGAUCGCUUUCUCAGUGAGAAUGGAGAAGAAAAGACUGACUUCUACCGCAACGGUCGCAAGUUGAAGUAUUACUACAUGCCAUUUGGGACAGGCAUAGCAAAAUGCCCUGGCAGGUUAUUUGCUGUCCAUGAAAUUAAACAGUUUUUGGCUUUGAUAUUUUCAUAUUUUGAGAUAGAGCUUGUGGACUGUAAUGUGCAAUGUCCUUCUUUAGAUCAAUCCCGUGCAGGACUGGGCAUUUUGCAACCAGCCAAUGACAUUGAUUUCAGGUAUAGACUGAAAUGUCUAUGAAUAUAUAUUUUACAUUAUACAUAUAAACUAUGUACUAUAUAACUACACUAUAUAACAUAUUCUUUAUAUAUAUUUUAUGUAUGUAUGCAAAUGAACCGUUGCAAGUCUUGGGGGAAAAUCUAUAUGAAGAUGCUAAUUCAUCAGUCUAAUGGAAAAUGCAUAAUGGAUACCAUUAUGGUACCAGC